AUGGUGAAGCAGCAAUUAGCCUUCACCCAAAACGACGAUGAGAGCCUCGGCUAUUCGGCAUUUAUGAUGGCAAACCCGCCUAUGCGAAAUGUUAUGAAAUUCAUCUUCUUUAAUAUCACCAACGAGGAGGAGGUAAAAUACAACGGUGCUCAGCCCAGGGUCUACGAAACGGGAGCUUAUUCAGUGCUGGAAUCCGAGCAAAAGCGCUACAUCGAAUUCUCGUCGGACCAGAGCCAGAUGUUCUACGAAAACUACAAAAUCUACAACAUUGAUCCGGAGGAAUCGUGUGAGGCGUGUAAUUGGGAGGAAGAUAUUGUCACGAUUCCGAAUCCCGUAGAAGUGGGAGCCGCCGCCGACGUGAUGGACCCACAAUUCGGAAUCUCGGACCCGGAAAAGCAUCUGAUUGCUGUGAUGAUGCUCCUGGUCGGCGAGUACCCAUUUAUCACGAAAAAGGUGAAGGAAAUCCUGUUCACCGGUUACAGCGACCCGAUGCUGAGUCUUGCUCAUUCCGACCUGGUGGCGACGAUUAGCAAAAUUGUUAAGGGCGAUAACGGGUCGAUAAUCCCGAUUCCAUGCCCGGCGAUGCCGCGGCUCGGCUUUUUCAUAGGGUACAACAACUCGCAGGACGAGAGCUACUGGGUGAAGACUGGGAAGAAUAAUAUUGAAGAUAUUGGAAAAGUGACACAGUGGGGCAACGUACGCGAGCUGCCCGACUACUGGUGGACGGACGACUACGCGAGGAGCAUCAGGGGCUCCGAUUCGGGGAGCUUCAACAAGUGGAAACUCGAGAAAUCAGACCGCCUGGAGAUGUUCUACUCUUUCAUGUGCCGCAGCUUCAACAAGGAGUUUUUGGAGGAGACUGAAGUGAAUGGGAUCCCGGCGUACAGGUACUCGACCCCGUUUGAGGACUACGAUUCUACGUUGGAGAUUAAUCGAGGGUUUCGCUAUCGAAAUUUCGAGAAUAUUGAUUACUUUCCGAACUGGCCGGAAUGUCCGGAAAAAAACGCCUCUCGCUGUUCGGGCCAACACAGCGUCGAUUGCUCUCAAGCUAUCAAUUUCUGCAAUGAUUGCUGUAAUGGGAGUCAUGUGGGCGAUACGUACUUGUUGCCGCCCGGAAUCUUCCCAUUAGUAUGCUAUCCAGGGAAACUCCAACCGACCCCAUUCUCCGUCAUGUACUCCCCGCCUCACUUUUUGUAUUCCCCGCAACAAGUGAUUGAUACGGUAGUGGGGAUGAAUCCAGAUCCGGAGCUCCAUCGACCCUUCCUCUAUGAUCACGAACCGCACUCUGGGCAAGCGAUGCGCGUACAAGUCCGGCUGAUGGUCUCCACCCCAAUGAUGAAUCGGACAACAUUUUUCCACAACACCCAUCUUCCCUGCGUGAUGUUCCCCAUCUUCUACCAGAGCGCCAAGGCGGUGGUGUUGGAUGUGGUGCUGAACAAGUUGUGGCUUGGCUUCGUCUUUGUGCCGAAAGCCGUUGCAUUUUUGAAGUAUCUGCUCAUCUCAUUCGGCCUCUUCCUCCUCGUGCUCCUUUUCCUGAUCCGGAAUCGGCAGAUGGAUCACAAGCCCCGUCAUAAAGUCAACAAAGAGAUCUACGAAAAGCCGCUCUUGAAGCGGAAUAGCAUUUCAAACAAAUCAACAUCAGCUUCCGCCGCCCCGAUCGGCCAAAAGGACUACCAGAAAUGGGUGCUCAACGAGCACAACAAGUACCGCAGCCGUCACCAAGUUGGUAGCCUGGCGCUCGACGAGAAGUUGAACAACCUUGCCCAAGAGUGGGCAAACCGUCUGGCGGCCACCGGCUCAUUCCAGCAUCGCCCGAAUAGCGGCUACGGCGAGAACAUUUCGAUGGGAUCGGGGAGUUACGCAAACGACCUGGUGAAGCCGUGGUACGACGAGGUGCAGAACUACAACUUUGGGCGCCACGCGGGCACGGGCACUGGGCAUUUCACGCAGAUCGUUUGGAAGGCGUCAAAAAAGCUGGGCGUUGGGCGGGCUGUGGCCAAGGACGGGUCGACGUACUUGGUGUGCAACUACGAGCCGGCCGGCAAUCUGAUCGGCGCACAUGCGCAAAACGUUUUCCCCGCCAAA